AUGAUGGCUCCACGCCGUACUAAUCGUGUUUGUGGAUAUAAAAAGACACAUGAGUCAUGCAAUGAUGAUCAAAGAUUUCAAUCAAACACUUCUCAAGUUCAACCUUCUUCUUAUUCAUCUAAAAGAGUUAAAGAUCAAAGAUUUCAAUCAAACAUUUCUCAAUCUUCUUCUCAUUCAUCUCAAGGAGAUGAGGAGUCAAAUGUCAUGGAACAAGAGUCUACUAACUCAUCAUCCAAAAGGAAGAAAAUCGACAUCAAUAGUGAUGGAGAAUCACAAUUCAGUCAUACGAAAUAUGACAUCUAUAUUAAAGACUAUGUUCGUGGCCCAUGGACCACAUGGAAAGAGGUUGACUCAACUGGGCGUGAAGCAUUAUGGCAAUACUUUAAGGGAUUAUACCAAUGGCCACCGAGUGCUGAAUCACUAGUUUACACAGCAUGGGAGAAUAGCUACAAGAAACGUUUUUCUGGCAUAAUGCAAAGUGCACAUGAAUAUUCACUUCAACAAACCUUGGAUGCAAAUGUCAAAGCCUCACUACAAGGCGAUUUAUCGUUGCUAAAACAAUUUAAUCCAAAAUGGAUAAAGAAGAAAGAUUGGGUAUAUAUGAUUGACAAAGUCUCGAACACAUCAAAAUGGAAAUAUAGGUCCGAAUAUGGAAAACAAAACAUAAAUAAAAUGGAAGAUGGCUCAGUUUCCAAACAUUGUGGUGGUUCCAUUUCAAUUCCUCAACAUAAAGCCAGACUCGACGCGUAUCAAAAAGCUAUGGUGGAUAAGUUUGGAGAUGAUCCUAAUUGUCAUCCCCUAUGGGAUACUGAAUUGUGGUGUGAUGUUAGUGGAGGCAUAAAAAAAGGAAGAAUAUCUAUAUGGGGUUCUGUAUCUGAGUCCCAUAGAUUGUUGGUGGGGUCUUCAGUAGCCCAAAGUACAGGAACAUCUCCAGAGAACAUGGAGGUUAUAUAUGAACGUGUGCGUGAGGAAAUGCGUGAGGAAAUGGAGGCACAACGUCAACAACUUGAUGCACAAGCUGCGGAAAUUGAGGCCAGACGUCAAGAAAUGCGUGUGGAAAUGGAUGCAAAAAUUCAGGAAAUAGAGGCCACACGUCAAGAUAUAACUGCCAAACAAAGACACAUUGAUGCCAGAUAUGAAGAAAUGCAGAAGAUGAUCACAACAUUGCAAAAUAGGAAGGGAGGAAAUUGA